CACACAGAGGCACGCUGCUGCAUGACAAGGAGCACAGAAAGGGGAGCUUCACAUUGGAGCAUCAAACGGGGCAUUGCAUUGUCUUCUUGAUUAUCAUUGCAUUAGUAUUAUUGAGUCUGACUCCUGUUUAAGGAGAAGAAAGAAAGAAACUUUAGGGAAAUGAAAAUGAGAAAAGGGAAAAGGGAAAGAAGUCAUAUAGAAAGAGAAAGGUAAAACAAGAUUCUUGGGGUGGCUGUAACUACUUUUACAAAAUAUACACAGCAGCUAAACAUCUCUACUGUUGUUUUCUAACUGUAAUAUUCGGUCAAGUGAAUACCUCCACGGGAUGAGAACAGUGUGCAGGUCUGAAAGCAGCCCUGGAGACUUGCUAGUGCUGUGCCUUUUACUGGACAAACUGGAAGAGAAGACACACAAUCAGCUCUGGAUUGGAUCUGGCUGUUGGGAGUGUGAUGAAACCACAGGAGUCACAGCACAGGUCUGACCUUCAUUGACAGUAAUUGUGAGCCGGCAUUUCAAAUAACAAACCAGCGGAUUCAAACUCCCAAAGUCUCAGGUUCGGGGGAAUGCCCAAGAUGGCUACAGAGGCUCACCUCAAGAGGAACAGGAGGAGACAAAUUGGAAAGGCCUCACGCAGCACCGAGCCUGUUAUUACCGGGAUCCAAACAAAACCCAAUUUGGAACGCUGUGCAACCAUGCUGGAAAAACGGUCCCUUCGUCCAGUCUCCACUUGCCAUCCCAGCUUCCGGAGUUCAAGGGAAAUUUCUUCAGGUAGCACAGUACUGAAGGUUGGAACAAUGCCAGAUUCACCUGCUGAUGUCAAAGCCCAGCCCAGAUCAACUCCACCCACCAUGCCACCACCCCCCCCCUCCGUUACCCAGGCAGCCAAUCGUAACGCUUCCUUCACGCCCACCACAAUGUUGAACGGGAGCAGCCACUCCCCCACAGCCCUCAACGGCGGCCCCUCCACUCCGAACGGCUUCAGCAAUGGGCCGGCCAUGUCGUCGACGGCCUCCCUGUCCAAUCAGCAGCUCCCGCCAGCCUGCGGCGCCCGGCAGCUCUGCAAGCUCAAGCGCUUCCUCACCACGCUGCAGCAGUUCGGCAACGACAUCUCCCCCGAGAUCGGAGAGCGAGUCCGCAGCCUGGUGCUGGGCCUAGUGAAUUCUACGCUGACUAUUGAAGAGUUUCACUCAAAGCUCCAGGAGGCCACCAAUUUCCCUCUAAGGCCCUUCGUCAUCCCCUUCCUCAAGGCUAACCUGCCCCUGCUCCAGCGUGAGCUGCUGCACUGUGCCCGGCUGGCAAAGCAGACGCCCGCCCAGUACCUGGCUCAACACGAGCAGCUGCUGCUGGACGCCAACGCCAGCUCCCCGCUCGAUUCCUCCGAGAUCCUGCUGGAGAUUAACGAGCAUGGCAAGAGGAGGACGCCCGACAGGACCAAAGAGAACGGGGUGGAGCGGGACCCCCUGCACUCGGAGCACCUCCAGAAGAGACCGUGCACAGUGAGCCCCAGCCAGCGCUACAGCCCCAGCAACGGGGCCCCAGCGCACCCCCCUCCGAACGGCCUGCCUCCUCAUCCCCCAAAUGGCCUGCCACACCCCACCCCUCCCCCACCCCAGCACUACCGGCUGGAGGACAUGGCCCUUGCGCAUCAGUACCGCGAUGCGUACCGUCACUCCGAACUCCGAGACGCCCGCGAGAGACACCAGAGAGGUGCAGUGCAUGGUGCCCGACAGGAGGAAGUCAUUGAUCACCGCUUGACGGAUCGCGAGUGGGCAGAGGAGUGGAAGCACCUCGAUAAUGUACGUGUCGCUGGGCUGCUGAACUGCAUCAUGGACAUGGUAGAGAAGACACGGCGGUCCUUGACGGUGCUGCGUCGCUGCCAGGAGGCAGAUCGCGAGGAGAUGAACCACUGGAUCCGCCGCUACAGCGACGCCGAAGAUAUGAAAAAAGGUGUGAGCUCCGGCCAGCGCCCUCCUCCUCCUCCUGUUCCUCACAACUCCUCCUCUUCCUCCAUCUCCAACACCAACACUUCUUCUAACGUCUCUGAGGCGCAGCCGCUAGAAAUUCACCGGGACUUUUUGCACAGACCUCCCUCAGGAUACAUGUCGGAGGAGAUCUGGAGGAAGGCUGGUACUGCAAGUAUCCCGCUUUCGCCAGCAAUAAAAAAACUGCAGAGCAAGCAGGAAGCCGUGAAUGAGGUGAAGCGGCAGGCGAUGUCGGAGCUGCAGAAGGCCGUGUCAGAUGCCGAGCGCAAAGCCCACGAGAUGAUCUCAGCCGAGAGGUCCAAGAUGGAGCGAGCUCUGGCCGAGGCCAAGAGGCAGGCCUCCGAGGACGCACUGACUGUCAUCAACCAGCAGGAGGACUCCAGCGAGAGCUGUUGGAACUGCGGGCGAAAGGCGAGCGAGACGUGCAGCGGCUGCAACACAGCGCGUUACUGCGGCUCGUUCUGCCAGCACAAGGACUGGGAGAAGCACCACCACAUGUGUGGGCAGGGCCUGCAGGGGGGCAGCAGUGUUCCUCUUGGCACCCACUCCACCUCCAUGCCCCCCACUCAUUCCGAGGGGGUCCCCUCUGCCCCUCCUUCAGUGACAGGGAGCGCACAGGCAAGUGGGGGGAGCUGCAGCAGCACGGCAGGCAGCCCCAAGGAAGCCAGCUCCAGCAACGCCUCCCGAUCCACCACCCCUGCCACCCCAGCCCUGCUCGACAGCGCCUCCCGCUGACCCUAGCAAGCACCACCACCACCGGAAUCGGACUGCUGCUGCCACAACUGCUUUCCAAAAGAGACUGAUGAACAUCUGCUGUUGCAACUAUUCGAGCUGCGACGAAUGCUACUACUUAGCUACCUGACGAUUUCAUAUUGACCUUUCCACCUCCAACUGACCUCUCUGUCUCUCAGUCACACACACACACACACUCUCAUGCCCACAUGCAUACAAAACACACACACACAUAUAUACAGUAUAUAUACACAACCAGGGCCUAUUUUACUACAAAUGCAGAGCUGCUUAUUUAAAAAUGUGUUCGUAUCAAUCUGGCCGUAAGUGGACGGCUGGUUAAGAAAACCCUGAGAUAGUUGAACAAGUCACUAUUAAAUCCAAGUUCUACAAAUAUCCUUUAUCUUGGAUCAUUUUUUUUACUUAUUCCAAAGGAUGACUGGUAAGUGUAAAAUAAUUCCCAGUUAUGAUCGGUAUACUGAGCCACGCUGCAUAAUUUAUGUAAAAUAAGCCCUGCACUUACAGUAUAUAUUUCUGGUGGGCAGAAAAUGGAAAUGUUUAGCUAAUUUCUGCUGGGAUUUACAUAUACAGUAUAUGGUGACACCUGGUGGUUGCCUAAUUAUCUUAAAGGGGACUAUGAAUAAUGUUCUGCCCACCCCUAUAACACACUGUACAUAUACAAUAUACAAAGAACCGGACAGGAAAGGGAAGUCAUUUCCGUGAUCUGUUAGACCAUGGUAGGAUCCCUGGUCUCGUGUGGAGAAUGACAGACACACUGUGAGACUCCCUGUCUUUCUCUGGUGUCUGGAGAACAGAAGGCACUCACAGUGAGAUUUUGGGUCCAGCUGUUGCUUCAGGAGAGGAACACAAGCAUGUCAUCCCACACGGUGGACUUUGUUUCUUGAGAACUCUCGCUCACUUCAAAAUGAAGGCUAACUCUGAAAAAAAAAACAUGAAAGAAUUGACUCUUUGUUUCAUUUUUUGGCUUUAAAAAAACAAAAAGAAUACUCCAAAAAUUCUAAAGGAAGAUCAUCCGUUAACUACCUUGCUAGCUAGCCAAGAAUAUCUAUACCGGACUCACCUCUCUGCUCUGAUGUGAAUCCAAAUGAAAAAAAAAAACCACAAUCCAAACCUUUCUAUUAUUAUUAUUAUUAUUGUUGUUGUUAUGAUUGCACUGCCAAAGUUACUAAGAGACAAGGAGCAGCACUCAUCUUGUUACCAAACACAGCUAUUUCUAUUUCUCAACAGCAAAGUCAGACCAGAGAGAAACAGGCUUCAAGAAGAACAAACGGUUUUAUAGGCAACUUCUUCAGAAGAAAAAUGAAAUGGAGAUUGGAAGACAUUAUCAAAAAUGGAGAGAUGCUAUACAAAAGACAGCGACUUUUAUCAAUGGGAAUGGAAUACUCGGCUCCAAAAAAUGAAUGGUGAUAAUUUGCUUUUUCUUUGUGUCUUUUUUUUAUUAACAAAAACACAAAACUCAUAGACAAGAGCCUCAGCGGAUUAAAAGAAAAUCUGAGAAAACUUUGUACAGUAAGACGACUGCUGUGAUUAUGAUUUUGUUGCAGUUUUAAAGUAGAGACAUUUCAACCGGACAAUCUAAAGGUUUCUGUCGUCUUAUUUCCCCUUCUUUCCAAAGCAUGAAAGACUAAAGUGACUCGUACUCGCUCUAUACCUGGUUCUCUUCGCUCUCUUUCUCUACCUCCCCCUUCUCCCUGCGUGUGUCUCUUCGUCUAGCCCUUCCACGUCGAUGUCCGUCCUCCUCCGGGCAGAAAUGUCAGAAGGGACUAAAGUUUUUUCGUUUGUAGAUAACUUUUUUUUUCCAGUGUUUUUCUGUCUCUGUGAUGUUCGUUCGUGUUGCCCGAGUAUGUUUUCAAAAAACGUAACGAAACAGACAAAAUACUUUUUUUUUUUUUUUUUUUUUUUUUUUUUUUUUUUUUUUUAAGGUUUGGGUUGAACUUUGUAGAAGAAUUUGAAAAAAUAAAUAAAUAACAACCUCUUGUAUCUAUAACAGGCAAAAGAAAUGAAGUCCUAGUGUAGAACAUUUUGUAUUGCUCACAUUGUAAGACAGUAAGAGGACGGAGGUGCAAUAGAGGAAAGAAAAUCAGCUACUGAAUGGAACCUCAAGCUACAGCGAUAUAUAUGAAUAUAUUUAAAAUAAUAAUAAUAAUAAUAAUAAUAAUAAUAAUAAUAAUAAUAAUAAUAAUAAUAACUUAAUGUGAAUGUAUAUAGUAUUUAAGAGGUCCAAAAAUGUGUUUGCCAAAUAACAGAAACCUUUAAAGUAUAAAGUUUAGAUUAGAGAUUUUCUUUUUAAAACUUUCUUUUUUACUGAAGAAAUUGUAGAGUACUCAUUCAGAAGCUCAGUUUUUCCAGAUUUGCUAAAUCCGUCAUGUGUGUGUAACUAGAAUAAAAGCAAAACCGAAGUCAAAUGAUUUUUAACUGUAUAAAUAAGAGGUAGCCAGUCGGUUCUCUUUCCCUGUUUGUGAAACUAUGUAUGAGCGCUGCAUGCUUUAUUAUAUGUGCACAUACUAGCAAGGUUUUUACAUUUGAUUUUUUUUUUUUUAAUAUAUAUUUCCCUGAUUGAGAGGUUUGGCUUUAUCAGCAAAAAAAAUAAAAAAUUAAAAUGAACGAAUGAAUUGUAGGGACAGGGUUUAUGCACUGGCUGAAAAGCAGAAUAGGGUUACUGACUUAAUUGGAAUUGAGCACAGCAGAUACUAUAAUUGAUGGUGGGAAAAUGCGCUCUAGGGCCUCAAGACACUACAAAACUAAUAACUGUUUUGUAUUUGACAAAAAAUGGUCAGCCCAACUUAUUGUACACAGACUUAAUGGAUAAUGGUGGUUACAGGUGAACAAAAACAAAAAAAAUAUUAAAUAGUAAAGAUGGAAUAUAUCUAAAGAAAAAAAAUACUGUUUGUAAUUCAUUGUUGACUCCCCCCUACACAUAGAUGUAAAAACCCACAAUACAACAUGGUGAUAAUGUAAUAUAAGUAUAUAAUGUCACAUUUCUGUCACAUUUACAAGCAUACUGGUAUUUAAAAAUGUGUGUAUUAUCGCCACCGAUUGGACCAAAAUGUAAUUGCAGCACUUAAAAAAAAAAAAAAAUGCUCAUGUGAGCUAAAUCAGGUUGGUUGUAUAGAACGGUUGGUAGUGCAGUGCUGUGUGUCAACCCCUAUUAAUACUUGACAGUUUGGCAUUAAUACAUUUUAAAAGGUUCAUUACUUUUUUCCAGCUUCUACCACGUUUACAAUAACCAAGUCUUAGCACACGCAAGUGUUUCCAUAGAAACAAGAUCCAAAAGAAUCUCUCUUAUGUGUAAUUGUACAUUAUGAGCUUUAUUGAUGUGGAAGGGAGUUACAAGAUACAUCUAAAUUAUCGAGAAAGCAAGUGAUGAAAUGAAAUGAACAAUUCUGAAGUGGCAGUGACAUUCAGUGUUUUGGUGACUGUGAGACAUCUGAGUCAGUACAUAAACCAAAACAACGCUUUCGAGCCCUGCAAAGACAUUUGUUAUGAUUCCAUAUGCACCCCUCUUUUAAUUGGGGCAUUAGGUGGGAGGAGAGCACUAAUGCCAAACUGUAUGGACUGAGUUUGUAACACCUUCAAAACAUGACAGACCAACAGACAGAGAUGUCCUUGAUUCAGAUAAGUCCUGAUCAUUCAAGUAAGUCCAAUUCAAUGCCGUUCUGGUUGGGUGUAGGCAUGUGCACAAUUAAAUACAAGUAAAAUAAGACAUACAAUCAGAGCAGCACCAUUUGAGCAAGGUACCAUGGCCCACAAUGUGCAAGGCUGGAUCUGUACAGUGUCUGGAAAUUCAGGCUUGAAUCAUCAGGAUGCUGACUGCAGAUCUAGAUUUGAGAGCCUCUCAGAGUGACACAGACACAAAUUGCUGGAAUACAAUUUGAAUUAUGGUAUAGCUAUCCUUAUAGCGGCUUAUACCAGAUCACGAAAAAUGUGAUAUCGAUAACUCCAAUCUUUUCAUUCUAAAAUUGCCCAGAACAUACAUUUAUCAAAGUUUCUUUUUUUUUAUCACUGUGUACCUCUGAUAAGCCGCUAUAUAAGUGCCAUAAUUAAAGUUAAUUCCAGUUAACGUUACCUGAGUUUCUGUGAUCUUGUGUACAAGUGUAUCUUAGAAAAGAAAGCAGUAACACACUCCAGGGUGUUCAAUUAUGGUCUACUAUCUACAUGCCUAGAGUCGUUCAGCAUAAGGAAAAGACAGGUGCCAUUAAACAGCCUAGAUGUGCAGAUAAUGCGCCAUAUUGAACACUGGAGCGUUAAUGAAUUUAUAGAAUGGAACCCCUACACUAUACACCACCCCUGCUGAAGUGAAUCGAUUAGUCCUAAUAAUGCCAAACCCUGCCAGUAUGGUGAUAUGUUUGCACAGGUUGGAACGUUUGUUAGCCAGUGAGAUUGCUCCCCCUCUCCUUGCCAGUUUAUAAUCAGCACAUGGGUCUGAUUAGUGUUUGGUGCAUAUGAUGACGUUCCCCAAGGGUGAAAAUCAAAUCUGGCCAAAUACCUCUUCAAUAGACCAAACUUGAAUGUUUGCAGCUAAUUUUCUUUGGAAGGUUUUUUUUUUUUUUUUUUUUUUUGUUCCUCCCCGUGCAGCCAUUGGUUAAACCUGUCUGCCAAUCAAUUAAGAACAAACAGAUACAUGUCAAAAAUAAAAAAAAGAGAACGGACUUGUUAGUACUGUUAGCGAUUGUUCUACUUAUUUAUCAUGUUAAAUAUGUAUAUUGUCUAUUUUUCAUAUGUCAUAAACAAAGGUAAUAUAUAAAAGUAUUUCAGAUGUGAUUAACUGCAGGGUACCCUGUUUUUUGAAGUGUUUAUUCUUUUUUAUAUAUAUAUAUAUAUACAUAUAGAGCGAGAUGCUUUCCUCUUUGUAUUUGUCUCCGUGUUUGUCGCCACCUCUCCAGAGUUACGCUUUCCUCCCCCCCCCCCCCCCCCCUCCCCUCCAUCAAUGGCUGGAUUAUUGAUCACUCUACCUCGGAGCGCUUGGUGAACCAGGUUGGAAGCAAUUCCUGGAAAAGAGAAAGAAACAAGCAAACCAAAUCACUGGGUUUUAGGAGCAGUCUGCUUUUAGCAGACAUACAGACCUGCAGAAACUUUCAAGGAGUUGAUGCUUUCAUUUAUGGAAACUAUUUUUGCUUAAUUAUGUCAGACUUCAAAUGGGUGAAUAGGAAGAGUAUUCGAAGUCUAAAAGGCAUCGAUCACAUAUUUUAGUGAACUACACUUGAUUAAUAAGGAUGAUGACCCUCCAGGCAACUUAUGUUGUAUCUCAUUCUAUUCAACAAAUUACACCCAAACUUGUCUCAAAUUGCCCUGACUUGAGAAUAACUCAAGCACUUAAAACCCACAUUUUAAAUGUAAAUUGGCCCGAAUUAAGUAGGUGGCAGCCAAGAAUAAUGCUGCAUUUGGUACAAAAUACGUUUUUUAUUCAAAUGUAUUUACACACUGUUUUAGAAGCUAUACAUAUACAUUGUGAACCAUGCACUGAAACAAUGUUAUGCUGUUCAAUAUCUCAUAGACCCUGGAUGACAAAAUUACAUAGAAUAUAAGAACACCAUGCCAUGGAAACCUUCUUUCUUAUGCUCUUAAUUCAUCAGGUUCAGUCGUUUUAAUAUUAGUAUUGUCAUUAUUAUUUAUCAUCCUUGCAAACUGCAUUCAAGUUCUUUAUGUUUUACAAAGUGGGAGCCAAAGCAGGUAACCCACAAAGCAUGUUCGUUAUUUGUCAUGCUUUACAGCACAGAUUAGUUGCAUGAUAUACACUGAAUGUAUUUUGAUGCAAAAAUACUUUUGUUUUGGCACUGUAACUCCAUUUAUCAUCCAAAAUAAUUUAAGAACAGACCAAAGCAUUUCUAAAUGGCUUUAGAUCAGAUCAGUAAUCCAUUUUGACAUGCUAAAGACAAACAAGAGAGGCUCUGACCUUGUUUCUAAACAACUAUAUUUAAAAACCAAAGUAUCUGAAAAAGACACGAACGCUCAAAGCACAAACAAGAAGGCCCAAAACCAAGGGUGGAGGUUUAAAAUAAGAGAAUUUAAAGCUAAGCAGUCAAAGCACAUUAUUGUUUGUGUUUUUAACUGAAUGCCUCAUCUAAGAAUAACUCUAUAAUCUAGACUGUCAAAACGAUUGCUGUUAAUAAAAAAAAAUAUUUUUUUAAAAAAGCUUUGGACUGGGAAGGGUUAAAUACACCUGCCAGAAUAUUUUACUUUUAUUUUUCAAAAAGUCUGUCUGCAAGGAUUUAAUCAAAUAAGGGCCAUCCGCAUAACAUCCAUGGGCUUGAGUGAUCGCAUGGGUAAAAGAAGCAGGUGUUAUCGAUUCAAACAAAAAUCUUAAUGUGGGGUGAACAAAACAAAAACAUCGCUACACCAACAAUACUGCUGGUUUUCCAUCAUGAAUACACUUUCUGAAUGGCCAUAUUUAAGGUUUCCAGUUGAGUUUGUAUGUCUGUUAGUGCAAACUGUGUUUAAAAAAGAAAAACUAAAAUGUAAUUACCACAGUUUCCUCUAAAGUUAACCAAAAUCAAACCAAAAUGCAUGUAGAUAAAAUGUAACAUUUAGAUUGCCUGAUUGACUAAUAUUUUGGGGAUUUUUUUUUUUUUUUUUUGUAUUUUAUUGUAAAAGGGUAAAUAUAGUCUUUUGCUCUUUGUGGAUAUCAAUGAAACUCUGGUGCAGCUGUCCUAAUGCUCAAAGAGGAGGAGUACCUGAAUCAUGUAACCAAACUCGCCACCAAGACUACCUACAGUACCAGGAGAGGGGAGAACUGAGCUGUGUUCAAUUUUGUUUUGAUAAAAGGGAGAGUCAAGAGGAUCUAAAAAAAUAGAGACAACAAAAGUUAAGACUGGUUCAUGAGGAAGGGGACAUUUUAUUAACUUUUUCUUCAAAGCAUCUUCAGAUUAAACCGCUUCCCUUUUUCAGCAAAAAAUGACCAUUUUAAUUAGGUUGGAUUAAAUUAUGGGUGUAUGAGGAUAACUUUGACUUCUUUUCAAACACUUCUACAAAUCUUUGACAAGUGAAAAUAUAGGUUUCCUUCACGAAAACUUAUUUUCAAAAAACUUAGUUUUACCAAUGGUUUUGCACCCUAAACUGUUAUCAUGUUUAAAAAAAGGAGAGUUGAUGGAGCUUUUAAACAUGAUAUUGCUUCCUGGUGCUCUCCCUUAAUAGUUAACCUCUUGCAUAGUUAAUGAUAAACAUUUUGGUGUCAUAAUCCAACUGUUAUAUUCAAUGUUUUUUGUUUUGUUUUGUUUUUACUAUGGGGAACAUUUUUAUUCUGAAGAAGCCUUGCAAAAAAGUUGAUGCAGAAGUUUGUAUUAUAAAAGCCAUUUUUUAUUAAAAGAGCAGGUUUGAGUUGAUAUUGGUAGGGAUGCGUUUUAUACUGCACCAUGCAAUACCUAAAUACAGAAGAAAAAAACACGAAUUUAAGAGUUUGUAUUGGAAGGUUGAUGUGUUGAAGCAAUCUGUAGUUUCUGUUCUGUGGUCAUUCUAGAUGAAGUGAACUGUGCCAGGAGAUUUUUAUUUCUCGUUUUUGCAUGCUUUCCCCCUUUUUAGCUAUUUCUCUCUUUCUAAUUGUGCGCUAUGUUGGACAUGUGAAGCUGUAAACAUUUAAAUUCAGGUUAUUGUCUGUGUUGAGCUCUGUAUCUGUGUAAUAAAAAAAGAAAAUUGAAUAUGA